CUCGGAGCAUGCCCAAAAUUAUUAGUAGAGAAUUCUGGGUAAAAUUAGUAAAAUGGCGGACAAAGAAGAAAAUGAACCGACCAUUGCUCAAGAUUUGGUUGUUACCAAAUAUAAAAUGGCUGGUGAAAUGGUUAAUAGGGUCCUAAAUAAUUUGAUCAAAAAAUGCCAACCAGGAGAAAGUGUUAUUAAUAUCUGUGAACUAGGUGAUAAAUUGUUAUUAGAAGAAACUGGUAAAGUUUUUAAGAGAGAGAAAGAAAUGAAAAAAGGUAUUGCAUUUCCAACAUGUUUAUCUGUAAACAAUUGUAUUUGUCAUUUUUCUCCUUUAAAAAGUGAACCUGAUUAUAUUCUUAAGGUUGGAGAUAUGGUAAAACUGUAAGUAUCUUUAAUAAAUUGUUAUAAUUGAAUUUUUAUAAAAUAAACCUUAUUAAUAAUAAUAGUACUUUGAUAUUAAA